GGGAGGGGGAAGAAGAAAUGUGCGAACAUGUCAGCGGGAAAUUUUUUCUGUGCGUGACAAACGCGUUUUUUCGUCGUACAUCAUCGUAAAACCAAUACCGUACGUGUUACCGAACCGAAUAUAUUACCUAUAACAACACAAAAGAAAAAAACGUGUGCCCCACAAAAAGUAUAGUCAGGUUCGGCGCGUACAUUCGCUAGUCAAAAAUUCUAGUUGAAAAAAACCUUUUUCGUGCGACACACACAUCGCCUCGUUUGAUUUGACUUGGCAGCAGAAGAAAAAUAAAUCGAAUAAUAGAUAAAACAAAGGAAUAAAUAACUACUCGCAGGCGCGUAUGCGGGAAAAAAGAAGCGCGCGCAGCGAGAAAUAAUAUACUUAAAAAAAUAUUGUACGUUAUAUGUGAAUUUUUCGAAUAAAGUGCGAUCAAAUCGAGACAUAAAGCGAGAUGAAGAAGUUCACGAUCAAGGGUGUUCUCGACGGUUUUCGAUCCUCGGUCGCUCAACAGGUUAAACCCGACCAAGAGAUCGUUGAGACACUGAGAUCAGAAAAUUUUCAAGUUAAAAAGACAUUUAGACAUGGAUUUCCACAUCAACCCACCGCACUGGCUUUUGAUCCGAUUCAAAAACUCCUCGCUAUCGGCACUAAGUCGGGGUCUCUCAGAAUUUUGGGAAGACCGGGCGUAGACGUGAACAUAAAACACGACGGCGGCGCGGCUGUCAUACAAUUGCAAUUUCUCAUAAACGAGGGAGGAUUGUUGUCAGCGACAGCGGACGAUACUCUCCAUCUCUGGAACUUUAGACAAAAAAUACCGCAGGUUGUGCAGAGCCUCAAAUUCCAACGCGAAAGGAUAACGUGCAUGCAUCUACCUCUUCAAAGCAAAUGGCUUUACGUUGGCACGGAGAGAGGUAACAUCCACGUGCUUCACGUCGAGACCUUCGUCUUAUCUGGCUACAUAAUCAACUGGAACAAAGCGAUAGAAGUAUCGAGGAAAACUCAUCCCGGAGCAGUGAUACAUCUCAGCGACAACCCCUUAGAUUUGAGCAAGAUUCUGAUUGGAUACGAGUCCGGGCAGGUAGUUUUGUGGGAUUUGAAAUUGAAAUGUGCCGAGUGGAGAUGUCAGACCGACGAGCCAUUACGCUCGAUAUCUUGGCAUCACGAGGGCAAACAAUUUAUGUGCAGUCACACCGAUGGAUCACUCUCGACUUGGGUAUUACGUACGGUCAAACCUCUUAACGUGAAUCACCCGCAUGCUAAAACCACCAAGGAUGGCGAACCUGAGCCUUGCAAACCCAUCCAGAAAGUCGAGUGGAAGUUAUCGAGGAACGGAGAGGCAUACGUCAUAUUUUCCGGAGGUUUGGCUUACGACACCACAGGACGAACGCCAAGUAUCACGGUUAUUCAAGGAAAAACGACAACGGUCCUGGAAAUGGAACACAACGUUGUUGACUUUAUAACUCUGUGCGAGAGCCCGUGGACCAGCGACUUUCAGGAUCCUUACGCAGUCGUAGUUUUGCUACAGAAUGAUCUAGUGGUGAUAGAUUUAUUAACAGCUGGUUUUCCAUGCUUCGAGAAUCCAUACCCGAUGGAUUUGCACGAAUCGGCGGUAACCUGCUGCGCGUAUUUUGCCGACUGUCCGUCGGACCUCGUACCUGCGUUCUACUCGGUUGGCUCAAAAUCCCAAAAGAAAACGGGCUUCAGUGAAAAAGAGUGGCCAAUAUCGGGCGGCGAGUGGAGUCCGAAUUCGAGCAGUUACAAUGAAAUUAUUCUUACUGGACACGCCGACGGCAGUAUUAAAUUUUGGGACGCAUCGGCUGGUUCACUCCAAGUUCUUUAUAAAUUAAAGACAGCAAAGUUGUUCGAGAAAAGCAGAACUCGUAGCAUAGACACGGAAGAGGAUCCUCUCGCCAUACAGCUAAUGUUCCUCUGCCCGGAAAGUCGGAAGUUAGCGAUUGCCGGUGCUGGUCGACAUGUUGUUUUAUUCAAAUUCAAGAAGGUCGAGAGCACAUCGGAAGUUGUGACUCUGGACAUAUCGAUAACUUCAGACGGUGGAAAGGAGACCGAUGCUUCACCCGAUCGUGAUUCUCAGCCAUGUAUUCCGGGUACGGAGGAAUCGAAGAAUCACCCAAACGAGAGUAACCAUCCGUUGAAGGUCCGUGGGGGUUUGCAAAAGAGAGCGGCGGGCUUCCAAGCGACAUUAAUUUGUUUGACGUCAGGGGCGAACGGUGAACAGUGUGAGAAUAUAACGGCGCUCAGCUUAAAUUCAUCCUAUGGCCUAUUAGCUUAUGGAAAUGAAUCCGGUCUAGUUAUUGUGGAUAUUGUACAAAAAGUAACGCUGCUCGUAAUGAGCUCCGGAGAUCUCGGAGGCUCGGCCGAUCCGUAUCAACGUGCUCUGAGAAGUCCCAAAAAGCAGGAGGAUUCCAAACGAGAGAACGACGACAAGGCGAGAAGUCCGAGCAUAGAUCAGAUCAACCAGACCCAACGAGAUACGACGUCAGAAAGCGAGUCUGUGUUAACGACGUUAGGGGAUAAGCCAACGUCCAAUCAGCAGAAUCAGCAAGUUUGGUUAAAUCAGCAAACAGCUUUAAACGAAGAGAGUCUAUUUGGCACGAGCGAUAAUCGUGAUAGCAACGAAGAUUCUACCAGGGAAAAUCGUAAAAGUCCUUAUCAAAUUACGAAUAACGAAGAAACUGAGAUAACACGUAAGACUUCACCGUGGAAGAGACAAUUCAAGAGACAACUUAGCAGAGUCGAUUUGAAAAUCAAGCACACCUUCACACCUUCCGCAUCCGCCGCCGCCGCAGCCGCAGCCGCAGCCGCAACGUCUUCGGCCAACAAUGGGGCGAGCAACAAUCCCCAGCAGAAGCAAGCAUCGUCGACGUUUUACUGCAACACAUCGGAAGUACCGGAAACGUCGAGAGCGAACGAAGGAAGAGCGGAAACGGAUACGUGCUCGUCGGCGGGACAGGCUUUUUCAGCGCAGCCGGAAAAAACGAGUCCCGAGAAGACUGGAACGGGAGCGACAGGGGGAGUCUCGUUGGUGGGAUCGAGCGCAAACAGUAGUGGCGAUAACGAUAAGAGGAGAGCAGGAGGAGCAGGAGAAACGGAGGCUGUUUCGAGCCGAUCGAACAGUAGCAAUUACGACGUAUCGGCAGUGCGACCGAUCGAUUUACCGUUGUUCGAUGACGCCGACAAAAUCACGGAAAUGAAGAAAGUCGCUAAAGCCAAAGGCACCAAGACGCGUUUGUUGUCAGUGCCGAAUAUUAAGUAUCAAAAGAACGAGGGACCUUUAAGUACGACGAGAAACGAGGAUAACGCGGGGGUCGAGUCUUUUGCCGGAAAUCUAAUGAGGCGAAUCAGCCGGAUAGACAAACUCGAGAGCUCGUUUCAACGAUCUCGGAGCUCGAGUAUGUCCUCACUCGAAAAUAUUGCCACUGAAACCAUCAGCUGCCUUACAUUUGCCGAUUCCUACACGAAGAAAAGUGACGCCAACACUUUACCAACUCUGUGGAUUGGCGGGUCUGUGGGUUCGAUAAAAACUAUCGUGUUUAACCCCCCUGCGCCUGAGGAACGUACCGUUCAGCCUGUGAUUAUUUCUACAUGUAAUGGAUCAUCGUUUAAGUUGAAAGGAAGCAUUUUGACCAUGUCUUUCUUGGAUUGUAACGGAGCCCUCGUCCCAUAUUCUUACGAAUCCUGGAAGGACGAGAAUUCUGAUAGUAAAGACCGUAGCCGGAGCCAAGGAAAGAUUGGAAACAGCAGAAUGUCUCCGCUGCUGAACGCUCAGGUUUCAAGUGGCGAUGGUUUUGAGGAUCGCCAAUUUGUUGUACUGACAUCGGAAAAGCAGGCCAGAGUUGUCGCUCUACCUUCACAAAACUGUGUCUACAGGCAACAGCUGGCCGAGACACAUAUCGUGAUUAAAGCUGAAAUCACAUCACUCAAAGAUAGCGUUUGUCUCGUGUGCUAUAUUUCGAACGGUCAUAUAGCGAUAUACAGUCUACCUAGUCUCAGGCCAUUGAUAGACGUUGAUUUUCUACCACUGUUAGAUCUAAGUUUUCAGACUACAAAACACGGCAUUGUAGACCCCAUGUUGUCCAUAUGGGGUCAUCAACUCUUUGUAAAUGGCGAUACCGAUCAAAUCGCGAAGACGAUUUGCUUGAGCAAUCGAGGUCACGCUUUGUAUCUCUCUUCGCCUACGGAGAUCCAAAAAUUCACGGUCUCCACAGAAUUUUGCUCCGAACUGACGGAAAUGAUGGGAGAUUUGUUCGUUGCUCAUGACAUGCCAGAACCCCCCAAAGAGAGUUUCUUCAAAGGGCUCUUUGGCGGUGGAGCUCGAAGUUUGGACAGAGAAGAAUUGUUCGGUGAAUCGAGCGGUCGAGCUUCGCGUACGGUAGCGAAGCACAUACCAGGACCGGAUGCCCAAACGCAAGCGUUGCGUGAGCGAGUUUCAACGGCUACGGGUGACGUAGCGAUGGCGCAUCAGAUGGUGAUGGAAAGGGGUGACAAAUUAUCCCAGCUGGAGGAGAGAACGGCUCGUAUGAUGUCGGAAGCAGAGAAUUUUUCGGGUUCUGCACACGGGCUCAUGCUCAAAUAUAAGGAUAAAAAGUGGUACCAGCUAUGAGGAUGUCAUCCGUGCGAUUAUUAUCAGUGGAAUGAUAAUAGAAUGAGAAUUAUUGUAACUUAGCAUAUUCGCGACGAACCCACACAUACACACGCAAUUACACAUACACACAUACACACACACACACACACACACACAAAACACAAACUCGUGAAUAAUAUCGUAUAAAUUACAAAUAGUUACGAAACCUCGAGGUUUCAACACGAACGUGCAUUUUACCCGCGCAGACCCCAAGACUCUAUAACUCUAUACAACACUAUACGCACAUGAAUUUAACGAAACGAAAAGCAAAAAAAUUAACAAAACGAAAGAAACGAUGGAAAAACGAAAAAAAAAAAACCCAAAAAAAGAAAAAAAAACAAAUAAGCAAAAACAAAAAAAAAUAAUAAAAAUGAAACAAAAUUGCAUCAGAGUAGAGUAAAACGAGAUGAAAAACAAACAAAAAUGUUGUAUACUUCGAUGAGAAACUCGGCGCGGGUGCUAUCGUGGUUGUUAUUAGUUAUUGUCACUAUUACAAUGAUGAAAGAAUGCCGAUGAUGACUACUAUUAUUAUUAUUAUCAAUACUAUCAUUAUCAUUAUUAUAACUAUGUUUACCGAUUAAUUAUCAUUGCUAUGAAGAUUCUAUGAUUAUCAUUGAAUAAUCUUACCAAUAUAUAUUAUAUAUACAUAUGUAUGUAUAUGAGUACAUACAUAUUGUAUAUACACAUAUGUAUAUAUGUAUAUAGUCGCACGCACACAGCUACGCAAAAUGAAAGAUGAAGAUUAAUUAGCGAACGAGAGAGAGAGAGAGAGAGUAAAAGGUGGAAAGAGCGAGGAGGGGAGGGGGGCAAGGAAACAUACAAAACACACGAUACACACGCGUAACCACGUUUGAUUUGACGGUUUAACGAGCAUACUAUUACAUAUAUACACGAGGUUAAGAAAAGGAAAAGAAUUGGGUAUGAAAAGAUUUUUGAGGAGCGGGAUAAUGUAAUUUCAAUGUACGAGAUGUAAAAGUCAAUAUAAGACGAGUUUGAUGACUUUUUUUUCUUUCAUCAUUUCUAAUGACGCUCGUCGUUGAUUAAUUCGGACGUCCUGUGACUCAAACACUAACUAAUAGUAUUAAAAGAUGAGGAAGAAAAAAUGAGGGAAGAUAAAUGAAGAAGAAAAAAAAUUAUUAUUCGUCUUGCGGGUCUCAGCCGAUUAGCGGCGUCGUGAGAAGGCGCGAAAAGAUGAAGCGAAAAAGAUAAAAAACAGAACAAAAAAAAUUUUACAAAAAGGGAACUUUUAUUCAUUGUUAUCUCAACUGGAUUGAGAUCAGAGUUUAAUUGAUUAACUUGGUUUUCCAAUGACCAACUUAAAUGAUGAGAAAGAAAAACACAAAGCUGAAGAAGAGAAAGAGGGUGGAAACAAAGUUUUUAAAUAUAAACGAGAACGUAGGGGAAAAAACUGAGAGCACCUCUUCGUUUACUCGCAAAUGGGGAAAUAAAUAAAUAAAUAAAUUUAACAACAGAGAAGGGUGGAAACAAACAGGAAGCACAACAACCGCAAAGACGCUGUUCCGAAUGCAUUGACAAUAAAAAAUGUAGUCUUCGUAGUCGAUGAAACACAAAAUAAUUGGCAAUGAUAUACCAACUCUACAUUUUAACAGCUCGUUUUGAAAAAAAAAAACUUGAAAAUUUAACAAACUAAACAAACAAAAGCCGACGGCGCGUCAAUGCAACAAUACAGAAACAAUUUUAUGCGAAUUGAGGGAGAGCAAACGGAGUAUCGAAGAGAGUUGUAGUCUAUAAGAAACGUAGUAAUCGCUAGACGUGUUAUGUAUAUAACAAUGUCAAAAUGGUAGUAAACAAAAAAAACUGUACGUUAUGGGAAAAAGAAAGAAAAAUAUGAAAACGAGAACAAAAAAAACAAAAAAAAACCAAAAAAACCUUGAAAACAGCAACAGAACGUUAAUUUGAGAUGUCUUGUGAGCUAAACGCUAAUCCUGGUAUAAGUGACGAAUUUAACUGAAUUUAUAGUGCACGCAAUAUAAAGGGCAAACUAUUGUACUUGUACUAUAUGCAUAAAAUAGAUUACGUAAUGACAAUAUAUAAUAAAUUCGAUUGAAUUAAA